AUGAACUCCCUGGGCGGGCCAAACCCUUAUGGCCAUCUCCCGCUACCGCAGAAGCCUGAAGAUCAGCCUGAGACGGCGCCCUAUCGGCCAUACCCUCCCCAUCAGCAGUACCCGUUGCCUGGGCCUGUGAAUCAGCCCUACCAGCCAACUCAGAUCGCUCAGCCUCCGUUCCAAGGGCAGGUGAAUCCUCCAACCCAGUCCUUCUAUCAGCACCAGCCAAGAUCGUACUUCCCUCAGUUCCCUUAUUUUUCUCCCCUUAAUACUCCUUCAAGCACGGCUAGUCUGCAAUCAGCCCAAAAUGACCCCCGCAUACCUUCGCCUCUAGUGGCCAAUGUCAUGAACCAGACGCCUCAGGUGGCUUCAGUGCCUCCAGCGCUGGCCUUGAUCCAACGCCAGAAUCACCCGGCUCCUUCCAUCGCGCUUGCCGGACCACCCCAACAAGAUGCCCUAAAGCCAAUAGGCUUUCAGCCAAAUCCGUUUGAAACAAACCCACAGACGACGCCUAUGCUUGAGGGGCCAUCUCUAGGAAGACCCAAGGGGAAGAAGAUCAAGGCGGCAGAUCCUACACAAGAAGAUUCCAUCGAGCAACUCAAACGACUCACGGCCAAAGCUUCAGAGAUCCCUUUGGCAGAAUUGGCGCUGAGAUUGAAGAUGUUGGGCACCAGAAAUCCAAACAUCGACAGCGACCCGAUCUUUAAGUCCCUCAACAACGCCAAAGAUCUCAAGCAGGAGAAACACCACCAGGUCUUUGGCAUGGUGUGGAUUAAAACCGUCUGUGAAGCGUCCCCUACUGCUGUUGUUCCUCGAAAUAGAGUAUACGCCCGCUACGUCCAGCUGUGUGCCAACAACAACCUCUCUCCGUUGACUCCUGCUGCCUUUGGCAAGCUCAUUGGCAUAUUGCAUCCCAACUUGAAAACACGCCGUCUCGGUAUGCGUGGCAAGUCAAAAUAUCACUACUGUGGCAUCAAGUUGAUAGAUGACAAUUCUCUGGAAAACACUCCUCUGCCACAUUCCUCAGCAGUGUGCUCAGAGUCUCCGCAUUCCUUGAACCCACAAACGCCCUCAUACUCGAGGUCUCCCUCACUCCCUAGCGCACAAGGCACACCGAUAGAUUCAGCAGCAGUUCGUGAGGCCUUCAUGACAAAUGGCUAUCGAUACGUGCCUAACCUAUUCUUUUCCAUUGAAAACACCAUAUCACAAGAGUGGAUGGCACAGCCAUUCACCUUACCGUCUAUUCAAGCUUACCUCACUAAUGACGCCGAUGUGGACCACGAUAUUGCCGAUACUUUGCAUUCCCUUUAUAGGGUCCAUUGCAUGUCUAUUUUUGAGGCAUUCAGAUUCAUGCAAGUCGAAAAACUCUUGUCUUCGUUUGCAUCUUUUUGCGGAAUUCUAACAUCCCCUGUUUUUCGACUCUUUACAUCAUCCAAAUUGAUUGAAUGGGUUCGGGCUUGCGAUUUGGCCUUGUAUAGAGCCAUGAUGAAGAUGCUUACACGUUUACAACUACAGCCGGUCCCCGACGAGAUCAUGACCCCCCUCCAGGAGUUUGCUGCUGAGUACUGUAACAGGCUUUCCGCCGAGCUCCAAACCAGGUUCCCGGCAGACUUUGUGCAUAUGAAAAUGGUGGCUGCUCGUCAAUUCGUAGCCAUCUUGAGGCGGUUUGCUCGAUGCAUCGAAUUAGGUAGUUCGGCCGCAAAAGUAUUGUCUAGCAGCACUGAAAGAGCGCUCAUGCUUAGUGACUGGUUGCGAGUUGAUACCCACGAGAUUAUUCUCAGAGAGGUUCCUUGUGCACCAGAUAACAUGCAGUUGUUCGACGAGAUUUUUAACGACCGUAUAAUUAAACUCUUCGAAGAGGAGUCCCCUCAAGCUGACAAGCUCAAAGCUAGUGGGCUUGCUCCUUAUGCUGCCUUCUUCUUAGAGCUUCCGUCGCGUUUUCCGCAAACUUCUCCGUGGCUAUUUAGCUUGGUCUGCUCAAAUUUACUCACAACUUGUCUCCGUGAAAUGAGUUUGGCUGGCGGACAGAGUUUUGGGUCCUGGUGGGUCUUUCGAUGUUGGGCAGAUGAGUUUGUCAUGUGGUUUUUCGAACUCGGUCAUUACCUAUACGGCGAUGAAGAUCCCGUCGUUGAUCAAAAGACUACUGAAGAGGAGCCUCUCACCCAAGACCCUGGAACUAAUGCCAGCUGGGCAUUUGAGCCUAGCCUUCCAGAGAAUUUGCGUACUGCCAGCAUCGUUGACUUGUUGGAUUUACCGACUGGGGAGACCAAGCCCUACAGCGAGAGCGAUUGGUUUUGA